ACAAACAAAUAUACAAGGACACGGACACAGACACAUACAUACACGGACACGUCAAAAAAGAAAGAAAAAAUUCCAUUAAAAAUCUUAACAAUAUAUAUUAUUAUUCCUUUUAUAUACGUUCGUUUUCUUGUGUACUUUCGUGUCUUCUUCCUUGUCGUUUUUCUGAUCGUUUUCAACGUUCAACAUACAUACAUACGUGCCAUCAUGGAUAUACGAAGAAUGUCCAAUUGGAAUGUUCUAAGCGUGGAGGCAGCACUGCAACAACUAAAUUGUUUCGAGGAGGAUGGAAAAGAGAAGAUCAUCAAACGUUCUAAUACGACGAUAGAAAAACUACCGGACAAGGUGAUUCUAAAUGUCUUCAGUUAUCUGUCGCAUCGAGAGAUAUGCAAGGUCGCAAGGGUUUGUAAAAAAUGGAGGCAAAUCGCUUACGACACGCGCCUUUGGAAACACGUAUCAUUGAGACCGGAAAUCAGUGGGCUCCAUGUUGGAUCACUCGAAAGUUUAUUACAUUUAAUAAGCAUACGUUUCGGUGCAUCUUUACGAUACAUCGAGUUACCUAUCGAGCUUAUCACUCACACCGUCCUCCAUGAAUUAGCAAACAAGUGUCCUAAUUUAACUCACAUGCUACUUGAUUUUUCGACCGCCAUGCAGUUGCACGAUUUCUCAGAAAUGCAAGCAUUUCCGACGAAACUUAAAUACAUGUGUAUCUGUCUUUCGGAAGUCAUAUUUAUGGAAGGUUUCAUGAGAAAGAUUUAUAAUUUCAUCAAUGGUUUAGAAAUACUUCAUUUGAUUGGAACUUACGAGAAAGUUGAGGAAGAAGAGGAAGAAAUUUACGAGGUUAUAAACGUUCACAAAUUGAAAUCGGCGACGCCGAAUUUGCGUGUGAUCAAUUUAUAUGGGAUAAAUUUCGUCGAUGAUUCCCAUAUAGAUGCGUUUUCCUCAAAUUGUAUACAAUUAGAGUGUCUCGCUGUGAAUUUUUGUGCCAAGGUCACCGGUUCGACCAUGAAGACUCUAUUCCAACGUAGCAGAAGAUUGAAGUGUCUUCUAAUGCAAGGAACAAAUUUGCAAAGCGAUUACGUUAUGCAAGUAGAAUGGGAAAAAUCCAGUAUUCAAGAAUUGGACAUAACAGCUACGGAUAUAUCAACUGAAUGUUUGAUCGACAUGUUAACCAGAAUACCUGGUCUUCGUUUUCUCAGUGCCGGCCAAUUAAACGGUUUCAAUGAUAGCGUGUUAAAGGCAUGGGUGGAAUCUGGCAAUCCACGAAAUUUAAUUGCUUUGGACCUUGACAGUUCGGAUAAUUUAACUGACGAUGCUUUGCACAAAUUCUUAUCGAGACAUGGCCAUCAACUUUGGGGUAUUUUGUUAUCUGGAAUGCCACAUAUCACCGAUCAACUUUGGCAAAGUGUUUUACCGAUUCUCACUAAUGCCAAAAUUCUCGUAAUGGGUACCCAAGAGAGACUUGGCGUUAAUAUUCAUGUAGAUCAGCUAAUGGAUGGAAUCGCUAAUAAUUCUCCUAAUUUGGAACGACUCGAGUUACGUUGGGAUCCAGAAAAUUUAAGAUUUUCUGAUAAAAGUCAAAAAGCCAUUGACAUUUUACGCGUUAAGUGUAUCAAACUCAAGUGUUUGGUUUUGAGCGAUGGAAGAUAUUACGAGAUCGUUAAAGCUAAUUUCGAACGUGCCGAUAGACUGACGGUCGUACGAACGACGACAUGUUGCAGAGUAUCAAAUUAUUAUUUAUUACAAAAUUACAAAGAUUUGAUUUUUAAUUGAUGUCAAACGUGACGUAUACAUAAUAAUGGUUUUACGCUAAUGAUUUCACGCUAAUGGAUUUUCGAAAUUAGACGAUAUUUACAAAGAUACGAGCAACGCUCAAAUAUAUCCAGGACAAUCGAUUUUCCGUAGUUACCGAUGUGGUAUACAAUAUAAUAUGCCUCAUUAUUAUCGUCGAAACGAAGUAACCGGCAUUUUGGCAAUCGAUACAAUACUAAUUAUUGCACUUCGAAUUAUUGGGGACAAUAAUAUUCGUCGUUUAUUAGGAGCAUAAAAUAAUCAAUUAUAGAUUGCGAAGAUUU